GAAAAUGUUAGGCAGAGCGCUGAGUGGAUUCGUGGUAUAAGAAGCUCCCCGCUUUCGACUGGGUGCUGUAAACCUCUCUGUCAAGCCACCGAUCCAAGCUUUCGAGCCCUGGGCUGCCCUGGGCUGCCCUGAAGCUGCGAUGGCGUCCGCCCGCACGAAGCACCUCAAAGUGCUGGGCCUCGACGAGAAAGCGGACGAGGCAACCAUAAAAAAAGCGUUCAAGAAGCUGGCGCUCCUCUACCACCCCGACCGAAAUAGCAACAAUGUGGAAGAGGCGACCGAGCGCUUCAAGCAGAUCAACGAGGCCCACACGUAUCUCACCUCCGGCGCCGCGCCGUCGCAGCCGCGCGCGAAGACUCCGCCGACGGAGCCGGAGCCGGCGCGGCCGCCGCCGCCCGCCACGCCGCCGUCCACGACGCAGCCUGAGCCACCGCCACGGCCAACGCCGCAGCGGCCGCCCGCCGAGAAGCCCCCCGCGGAGGCGGACCCGCUGGCUGAGGCGCGGAGAAAGGUCCAGGAAGCCGAGGCUCGACGGCGCGCCGCCGCCGCGGCUCGCAAGCGAGAAGCGGAUGAGAUCCAAGCAAAAGAACGCGCCGUUGCGGCGGCUCGCAAGCAGGAAGCGGACGAGCUCGCCGCGCAGACGACGCUGGCGGAGAUCGCCGCGCGGCGGGAAAACGAUCGGCGCGUCGAGCAGCGCAAGGAGGCCGUCGACGCGGCGCAAGCAAAAAAAGACGCGAGGCUGCGCCGCAAGGCCGCCAGGGUCGAAGAGGCGGUCAUGGACUGGCCCGCGCGGUUUUGGAAUUGGUGCCGCAACAACUUGUAUCAUUACGGCUACUUCAAGUCUAUAUAUAGCAAGAACGCGGCGGUGCGGCCGCUGCGGUCGACCUUUGAAAGUCUGGGCCUGAAGGAAGAUGAUGUGGCAAGACUCCACGAGCAGUUUGUUAUUAUUGAUAAGGACGGGAGCGGCGCGAUCGAACUGUGGGAGCUGCUCGACUACCUCGACUUGCAACGGAAUCGCUUCGCGAAGCGCGUCUUCGCCAUCUUCGACGCGGACGGGAGCAACCAGAUCGACUUCAAGGAGUUCGUGGUCGCGCUGUGGCAGUACUGUACCUUGGGAAGGCCGCAGCUCGUCAUGUUCGCCUUCGACCUGUACGACCGCGACUCGUCAGGGGCCAUAGACUCCGACGAGUUCAAUGCGAUGUUGAAAGAGUUGUACGGCAAGCGCUACUCGAAGAACACGACGGCGGUCAAUCUGCUGAGGCACAUCAACGCGAUGACGAAGCGGCGCGACACCGACGAGGUCGACGUCGAGGCCUUCGCGGAGUUCUGCCGGACGCACCCGGCGAUGCUCAUGCCGGCCUUCGCGAUGCAGACGACGAUGCGGGCGCGGAUCAUGGGCGGCGCGUGGUGGGACCGGCGGUCCAACGAGCGCGUGAAGGUCGGCCGGCACACCAUGCGCAUCCACGACCUGCUCAAGGCCCACCUGCAGGAGGACGCCUUCCACAGCUUCAUGCGGGCCGUGGACUCGGGCGACGCCAAGGCGCUCAAGCGCGACGCGGACAAGCACCGGGACUGGAAGUCCGCCACCGAGGUCACGGGGACGGUCGCACAGCGGCGGCGGAAGUCGGGCCAGCACGAGCUCCAGGACCGCCCCCUCGACAAGUACUCGCGGUCGAGCGCGCGGCGGCGCGUCAAGAGCCUUGAUGACACCCGAAAGGUGCGGCCGGAUCAGAACGCCGCCCUGCGCCGGGCGUCGUUCGAGACAAAGCCGCGGGGCCGCGAAGCCUUCGGCUCGCGGCUCUCGGCGGCGGUGCGGAAGGAGCGCCAGGACCGCGCCGAGGAGCGCAAGAAGCUCCUCGGCGCGCUCGACGGCCUGCCGCGGAAGGUCGGCGAGGCUGGUGUGGGUGCGGCUCGACGCCGGGCGACGUUCUCGUGAACGCAUCCCCGCCAGAAUUUUGUAUGUGAUAAGUAUUCUGUGGAUAUA